CGUUUCUGGGCUCAGCUGUUGCCAAUCAAAACGAUAUUUGGGUUCCCGCCUAGGUAGAAAAACCCCGCCCCACUCCCUGAAAGCCCACCUCCUUCUUUGGCUCCCGGGUCUACGGACCAAUCAGUGAAGGUCACGAGUGUUUCGCCGUCGGUACGCGUCUCGCGCUGCGGUGUCUUCCGGAGGCAAUGCUUUUUGAAGUCCCGCCUCUUCCCCCUGCCAGAACUGCGUUUUCUGUUACGUGAUCGCAAAAUGGGCGGGAACUGUUGCGUGUAAUACCACGUGAUGUCGGAAAGGCAGUGUGCGGGGGCCGCCAUUUUCCGGGAGUGGGAGGUGCACUUUGCUUUCUGACUCCUUUCCUUUUUCCACUGGUUAUCGCGGCAUCCACCGGCCUCUGAUCUCUGAGUCUUCUCCAACCCACAGACAUUUUUUGUUGCUCUGGUUCCAGGACCUUCUCCACAACUAGGCCAUUUUCCCUGCCAGGUGUCCUUUUUGACCUCUUGACCUCUGACUCAAAAGGUCAGCUGAAAGGUUCCGCACUCGGGCCUGGGAUGUGGGGGGGCACUGAACCUAAGUUCUCCGAAUCUUUAGCCCUGCGUCCCUAAGUCGCACCCUUAAGGCACCUCACUCUAGGUCUGAGCCUUCAUAUCCCAAACUCACUCAUGAGUUUCCACAUCCAGCCCCAAAGAAUGAGUUAACUCCUACUAACUUUCCACCUAAGACUCCCGAGGUAACCCAACCGGUACCACAGAUCCGGUUCCGGAUUUAAGGACCCCACCCUGUUAACCGUCAGGUGCCUUAUGACUUGAGUCAGCCUCGCAAUUCCUGCGCCCAUGGUUUCAAAUAUUAGCCCUGGUCCUUUCACACCCACUGCUCAGCCCCCAGAUUCUGGAACUCAGCUCUUAAACCUUUAAAUCUCCAUCCCUGAUAGCGUUCUCCGUUGGAGGAUCCUUCCCUCCCCGCUUUCUGAACCUCUCAACCCCUCCUGUAGACCCCAAAAUGACUUCUCCAUGCUCUCCUCCCCUAAAACCCCCAAUCCCUCCUCCAAAAACCCCUGUACCCCAAGCCAGCAGCAUUCCAUCUCCUCCUCUACCCCUAAGUCCCCUGGACUUUUUAGCUUUACCAUCCCCUCCCUGGAGCCAACAGACCCCUGUUCCCCCACCGCCCCCACUGCCUCCUCCACCUGCUGCCACAGGGCCUGCUCCCCCUCAUGUCUUCGGCCUGGAGAAGAGCCAGCUCCUGAAGGAGGCCUUUGAGAAGGCUGGCCCGGUCCCCAAGGGCAGAGAAGAUGUGAAGAGGCUUCUGAAACUACACAAGGACCGGUUCCGAGGUGACCUGCGGUGGAUCCUCUUCUGUGCAGACCUGCCAUCCCUCAUCCAAGAAGGCCCUCAAUGCGGGUUGGUGGCCUUGUGGAUGGCAGGUACUCUCCUGUCACCCCCCAGUGGCGUCCCCCUGGAGAGACUCAUGCAGGUGGCCACGGAAAGAGGCUACACGGCCCAGGGAGAGAUGUUCUCAGUGGCCGAUAUGGGCAGGCUGGCCCAGGAGGUGCUGGGCUGCCAGGCCAAGCUGCUCUCUGGUGGCCUGGGCGGUCCCAACAGAGACCUCGUCCUGCAGCACCUGGUCACUGGACAUCCCCUGCUCAUCCCCUAUGAUGAGGACUUCAACCAUGAGCCGUGUCAGAGGAAGGGCUACAAGGCCCACUGGGCGGUGAGUGCAGGGGUCCUACUGGGUGUUCGGGCUGUGCCCAGUCUCGGCUACACUGAGGACCCUGAGCUGCCGGGCCUGUUCCACCCAGUGCUGGGCAUGCCCUGCCAACCACCAUCCCUGCCGGAGGAGGGCUCCCUGGGAGCUGUCUACCUGCUGUCCAAGCAGGGCAAGAGUUGGCACUAUCAGCUGUGGGACUACGACCAGGUCCGGGAGAGCAACCUGCAGCUGACGGACUUCUCGCCCUCACGGGCCACCGACGGCCGGGUGUACGUGGUGCCUGUGGGUGGGGUGCGGGCUGGCCUCUGUGGCCAGGCCCUGCUCCUCACACCGCAGGACUGCAGCCAUUAGCUGGGGCUGCGGUCUCAGGCUGCAGCCUAGCUCGGUCACCAUUUGAAGUGGGCCUCCACUUCUCCCACUGUGUGACGGCCACAAGAUUUAAGCUAGGUCUCAGGGGCCUCCAGCCCUCCUUCAUCAAGGCCACCCCCUGCAGUAUUGAGCACCAACUGGUCCCUCUAGGGAGAGAUUGACAAUAGCCCAGACCCUGCGGCCUGCCUAUCCCAUCUGAAUGUUGCAUCGUCCCUUUCUCACUAGGGGCUGCCUCUCUCACCUCACUAGACAUCUAAGGAACCUCCUGCCUGGGCCCUCUGCUGCUCACAGGACAGGGACACUGAACUGCGUCAGCCUCAGCUCACCCCUCCUUAGCCCAAGGUUUUCCUCACGCUUGCCACUUACUAGUCAUACUGGCCUUUUAGAUCCCUGAAGUGUUCAAAUCCCCGGAGCAUUGAGUCCCACCCCCAGCCCUCUGCUGCGGAUCACUCCUUAACUUCUCCAUUGGGGCUCAGGUAUCACUACCUCAGGGAAGGGUCCUGCAGCCCCAGUCAAGACACCCCUCCCCCACCUCAUGUCUUCACAGUUUUAAAGCCCAUCUGGGAGCAGUUACCUGUGCCAGCCCCUCUACCUGUGUUAGCAGAUCUGGCAACCCGGUAAGGGUGAGUGCUAGAUGGACCCGAUUUGACAGAUGGCAAGACUGAGGCCUGGAGAAGUGGAAUCGCUGGCCUGAGGUCACAUGACUAGCACGUGGCAGGGUCAGGAUUCAAGCUAGGUAGUCAGUGUCUCAGCCAGGCUGUCUCCUGGCUCCCUGAACAUUAUGGUGCUGACCACAAACUUUCCUAUCCACCCAUACAAACAUCUAGUUAGUGUGUGUGAUUACUAGCUUCAUGAAUACCUGACCCCUCCACUCUGAAGUAGGAGGAACAGGCCUGUCUGGAUCACUUCUCUGUCCCUAACUGAGCCCGUCUCAUUUAGGCAUUUAGGGAAACUACAGAGCACUGUUGCUUUUUUUUUUUUUUUUUUUUUUUUUUUUUUUUUUUUGGAGAUGGAGUCUCGUUCUGUCGUCCAGGCUGGAGUGCAGUGGUGUGAUCUCAGCUCACUCCAGCCUCCACUUCCCAGGUUCAAGUGAUUCUCCUGCCUCAGCCCUGGGAUUACAGUAGCUGGGAUUACAGGCAUGCACCACCAUGCCUGGCUAAUUUUUUGUAUUUUUAGUAGAGACGGGGCUUUGCCAUGUUGGCCAGGCUGGUCUCAAACUCCUGACCUCAAGUAAUCCACCCGCCUCAGCCUCCCAAAGUGCUGGGAUUACAGGUGUGAGCCACUGCGCCCGGCCACAGUGCAGUAUUUCUAACCAGUCAUCAGGGUAAAGAGGAUGCAUGUCCACCAUCCCAGCCCUGAUCAGCCUGUCUGUGCAUCCCCCAUCCCAGCCAGGGCUUGGAGCAGCCUUGGCCACCACUGUGUCCCCUGCAUUGUAACACAUCCAGGCAUAAGAAUAGCCGCCCAGUGACUGCCAAGUGAGUGAACCAGCCUGCUCGGAGCCUGCCUCUUUCCCAAACUGCUCAUUAUCCUGUUACCCCACCCAGCCCACAUGUCCAAAUACACUCCAGAUGCAAAAUAAAAAGCUCUACGACA